AUGACACCUCCAGACAGCAAGAGAGCUAAAACAACCAAGCUUCGGGCGCUAGGAUUUUGUGGUGCUGAUAAUUCUGUUAGUCCCCGAAUGUUGGGAGUUAUCAGCCAUUCCUAUCCAUUUGUCGAAUUUGGAGUUUUGUUUCGACCGGACAAGGAAGGAGAGCCACGGUAUGCCUCGGCGGAAUGGGUCGACGAAUUGAGCAAGGUUUCCGCGUCCUCUGGAGGCACAAUGAGGCUCGCGGCACAUCUUUGUGGAGCGCGGGUCAAUGAGGUUCUGGAAGGGAAGCAAGAAUUCUUGGUCAAGAUUGAAAACCUUGGAUUUCAACGAGUGCAAAUCAAUGCAACGGCUGUCAAUGGUGUGGAUACAUCUCGACUGGCAGAAUCAGUGGAAAUAUUUGCUAAAACUGUCUCAGAACUACCUGGUUUGGAGUUUAUUUUGCAAAAGAACGCCGAAACUCAACCUCUUUGGGAGGGGCUAUUGAAACUAGACAGUGACACGGCAGGAAAGGCUGGCUAUCUCCCCAAAAAUGUCACAAUGCUUGUCGACGAGUCCAAAGGAACAGGAGUCCUAGCAUCAUCCUGGCCAAAUCCACCUGAUGAAUACGAUAUUGGAUAUGCGGGUGGCAUCGGACCCAGCAAUGUGGAAAAAGUUUUGGAAGACGUUCUGGUAGCGGGUCAAGGACGAGACAUUUGGAUUGACAUGGAAAGUAGUUUGAGAAGUACCAAGGAUACAAAAGAUGUGUUUGAUCUCGACAAAUGCUUUGACGUCAUUGAAAAAGUUUGCAAGAUGGGGGUACACUCUCACCCAAGCUACAUUCCGCAGCCAUGA